CAACGCGAUUCAAGUAAUCAGCAGUCAUCCAAUGCUCAACGGGAUUCAUUCAAUUUAUCUGCCUCUGCCCAGCCCCAGCAAUCAACAACCCUGACAGAUUGCCCAAUUCUAGUCUGGAUGCUUGCUUUGAAUAGGGAAUACACAAAACAGGAAUAUGAUGCGUGUCACCAAGUCGUCAUCGAGUGCCUUCCCCACUUAACAAUAUCCUACGAUCCUAACAAUCCAGAUAGCUUUCGCAAACUCAUGCUCGGAAUGCUUCCCCUCCUCAUGAUGCGACAUCGACGCAUACCUCGCGCCAAGUGGACCGACAAGGUUUCUAGUGCUGGGAAACAUUGGAUCGAACAGACGCCCGAUGACAUGUCUCCGGAAAAAUUUAUACAUUCCAUGAUCGGAUACCACCUCACCGUCGACAACUCGCUUUGUGGAAUGGCGAUGACCCAAGGCACCAAGCGGAGAGUCGUCAACAUAGGUCUCGGCAUCAAGCAAUAUGCAGUCCAUCCGAAAGGUGCUUCAGUUGACGCUUAUGUUCAGUCACUUCAGCACAAACUGACGACCCUAGAAUUGUCCCAUAUUUCGGGGCAAGAGGAUGCGACAAAACUCCGCCGCCUUUGUAUCACUCUGGCCAUGAAGGACGCCUACAUCAAAGCUAUUGGUCAGCCUGUAGGGUUUGACUAUUCUCGUCUAGAAUUCGAUGUUGGGAAUAAGCGAGCUUUCGGCGACGGUCAUAUUCUCGGAGGCUGGGAGUUCCGAGUCUUCACCGCAAACCUCGGAGUUGCGAGAGGAACAAAGCUGGUACAAGAACAGUACGAGUGCGUCUGCGCAUUCUUCCGAGGAAGUCCAGAGUCCACCUUUAUUUGGCAUGAUACUCCCAAACAACUAGAGUCUUGGGUACAAUUCAUCAACAUUGACCAGAUGGUGAAAGUGCUCCCAAAAUUGUCCGCAUAACUUAACAUGACUUUCUGACCUCAAUUUCCUCUCUUACGCUUUGCUAUCUGUUGUGCUUAAUACCUUUAGCCAUAGUCCCGCCUCUUAUUCUCGACUAAUUGUACCAAGAUUGUAUGUAACGCUCACUUUGUAGAUCAAUCUCUAUACCCAUCUUCCACGACAAUAAAUGACCAAAAGAUGC